AUGGAGACUCCUGUUGUUCCCCGAGGGUAUACUCAUAUGCAGGACUGCGGGGGCAUAACUGCGUAUCUUGUUCAGGAAUAUAGGGUUACCGGGGCCUCUCAAAACUGGCAAUGCUACCAUAAGCCUAAGCCACUCCCCCCUCGAGCCACUUGCCCCUGUUCCACCUUCCAGGAAUCAAUGCAUAGCAUGUGCUAUUCCUCUUACCAGCAAUGUAUAGGGGCCAAUAACAAGACUUAUUUCACAGCCAUACUACAGAAUAAUAAAAGCCCCACCAUUAGUGAUGAUAAUAAAUACCUUCAGGCUGGAUGCACUGGCACCCCCGGGACCCCGGUAUGCUGGAAUACCAGGGCCCCCACACAUAUGUCAGACGGUGGGGGGCCCCAGGACGCAGUGCGCCAGAUAGAAACCCGAAGACAAAUAGAAGAGGCCUAUCGGCAUCUGUACCCACAGCUCAGCUACCACCCCCUAAUUCUCCCUAAGGUCGAUCCCUCUGAAUUGGACUCCCAGACCAUUCCUAAUACCACUGUCUUUGUCUGUGGAAGUAACCUAGCAUACACCUAUUUACCCCCGAAUUGGACAGGGGUCUGCACCCUGGCCACCCUUCUCCCCAAUGUAGACCUGAUCUCGGGAGACACCCCAUUGCCCAUUCCCAGCUUUGACCUCUGGGCAGGGAGAACCAAACGAGCCAUUACAGUCCUAUCCCUCCUGGUAGGAUUAGGAAUUACAGGAGCUGUGGCCACAGGGAGUACGGGUCUUGGGGUCUCCCUUCACUCCUAUAGUCAGCUGUUUAGGCAAUUAAUAGAAGAUGUAGAAACUCUCUCUGGGACCAUUCAGGACUUACAGGACCAAUUAGAUUCGCUGGCCGAGGUGGUCCUACAGAAUAGGAGGGGCUUAGACUUGCUGACAGCUGAACAGGGUGGGAUAUGCCUCGCCCUAAAAGAAAAAUGUUGUUUCUAUGCAAAUAAAUCAGGCAUUGUAAGAAACAAGAUCCACCAGCUCCAGGAAGACCUAGCUCGCCGCCGGCAAGAAUUAGCGGAUAAUCCCCUUUGGUCAGGAUUUCAUGGGAUGCUCCCCUUCCUCCUCCCCAUCCUGGGCCCUCUACUAUGCCUCCUUCUCCUCCUCACUAUAGGUCCCUGUAUACUCAGUAAAGUCAUGAAUUUUGUUCGCGAAAGAAUAAAUACAGUCCAGCUAAUGAUAUUAAGAACACAAUAUCAGCCCUGCGAGGCCUCAGAAAUUGAAGAAACGGAGCCUUGA